AUGGUUUUGUCAAAACGAUGGCAACCUCUUUGGAAAUUAGUGCCAAGACUUGUAUACGACGACCAGGGCUAUCAAAACAUCGAGUAUUGGAAGUUUUCGCGCUUUGUAGAUAGGUCUUUGAUUCUGCACGAGGCACCGGUAGACACUUUGCAUUUUAAACUUAUUCAAACGUCUGGUGCUGCUGAUAUUGGUAUAUGGAUUACAAUUGCGGUUAAACACUGUGUUCGUGACCUGAUUAUCGAGCUCGACUGCUCUUCCAGUACAACUCCAGUCACACUUCCGAGGAGUUUAUACACAUGGUGUCGAAUGCUUGUGACCUUGAAACUUAAGAGUGUGAUUCUUGUGGAUGCAUCUUCCUUGCCUUCUUUUCCAACCCUCAAAACUUUGAGCCUUUUAUCUGUGAAGUACCCUGGUGAUGAAUUUGUCAAGAGUCUUUUAUUCAAUUGUUAUGUUCUUCAAGAUCUGGAUGUGGAAAGAUGUGACAAUGACAAUGUGACCAUUUUCACAGUUAUAGUGCCUUCUCUGAAGAGUUUAUAUCUAGAUGAAAAAUCAGACGAGUUUAAAGACGGUGGUUUCGUGAUAGAUGCUCCGCUUUUAGAGAUCUUUCACAUUCGUGAUCAUAUCACUGAUUGUUGUGUCAUUGAGAAUGAUAUGCCGAAGAUAGUCCAGGCAUAUGUUGAUGCCAGUUAUUAUCAUCCCGGGAAGAUUUUGUGUUAUAUUACUUCAGUCAAGCGUCUCUUUUUUUGUUUAAAGGAGGUGUAUCCUGUUGACAGUGUCUUCCACCGUCUUGUACAUCUAACGCUAUGCACAUGUGAGAAAGAGUGGUUGAAACUACUUAUGUAUCUUCUCAGAAAUUCUCCUACAUUACAAGCUCUCAAACUCAUUCAGCGCCAUACAUCUGGGGAUGACCGACAAAGCCCGCGUUGGAAUGAACCGAGCUCAGUCCCUGAAUGUGUGUUAUCGAGUCUUGAAACUCUCCAAUGGGUACGAUAUGAAGGAACAGAAGAAGAGAAAGGAGUGAUGGAAUUCAUCUUGAGAAGUGCAAAUUGUUUAAAGAAGGCAACUAUCUCCUCCAAAGCAACCGACCCCAACAAGAAACUAGAGAUGAUCAAGGAAUUGUCAUCGUCACCUAGGCGCUCACCUACAUGUCAGCUCAUAUUUGACUGA